CGCCCCCGGCCGGCCCCGCCCGCGCGCGCGCGCGCGCGCGCGUGCCGGCAGGUCGGCAGCCUCACUCUGGUUCGCGUCGCGCCUCCGCGCCGAGUCCGCGCUUCAGUCGAGCCCGAGCGAGGCUGCGGAGCGGAGGGCUGCGGCCAGCAGAGCGCGCUGACCUGGGGAGGCGCCGUGUCCGCGGGCGUCGCUUGAGGAGACUCGGUGCCCGAAGAGUCGCGCAGCACGAUGGCCCCCAUUGGCCUCAAAGCCGUGGUCGGAGAGAAGAUCAUGCAUGAUGUGAUAAAGAAGGUAAAGAAGAAGGGGGAGUGGAAGGUGCUGGUGGUCGAUCAGCUGAGCAUGAGGAUGUUGUCCUCCUGCUGUAAGAUGACAGACAUCAUGACCGAGGGGAUAACAAUUGUGGAAGACAUCAACAAGCGCAGAGAGCCGCUGCCCAGCCUGGAGGCUGUGUAUCUCAUCACUCCGUCUGAGAAGUCUGUCCACUCUCUCAUCAGUGACUUUAAGGACCCACCGACCGCUAAGUACCGGGCUGCUCACGUCUUCUUCACUGACUCUUGUCCAGAUGCCCUGUUUAAUGAGCUGGUGAAAUCACGAGCAGCCAAAGUCAUCAAGACUCUGACGGAAAUCAACAUUGCAUUUCUCCCCUAUGAGUCCCAGGUGUAUUCCUUGGACUCUGCUGACUCUUUCCAGAGCUUCUAUAGUCCCCACAAGGCUCAGAUGAAGAACCCAAUACUGGAGCGCCUGGCAGAGCAGAUUGCGACACUGUGUGCCACCCUGAAGGAGUACCCGGCUGUGCGGUAUCGGGGGGAAUACAAGGACAAUGCUUUGCUGGCUCAGCUAAUCCAGGACAAGCUCGACGCCUACAAAGCUGAUGACCCAACAAUGGGCGAGGGCCCAGACAAGGCGCGCUCCCAGCUCCUGAUCCUGGACCGCGGCUUUGACCCCAGCUCCCCCGUGCUUCACGAAUUGACCUUUCAGGCUAUGAGUUACGACCUGCUGCCCAUUGAAAAUGACGUAUACAAGUACGAGACUAGCGGCAUUGGAGAGGCCCGGGUGAAGGAAGUGCUCCUGGACGAGGAUGAUGACCUCUGGAUAGCGCUGCGCCACAAGCACAUCGCGGAGGUGUCCCAGGAAGUCACUCGUUCUCUGAAAGACUUUUCUUCCAGCAAGAGAAUGAAUACCGGAGAGAAGACCACCAUGCGGGACCUGUCCCAGAUGCUAAAGAAAAUGCCCCAGUACCAGAAAGAGCUCAGCAAGUAUUCAACCCACCUGCACCUGGCCGAGGACUGCAUGAAGCAUUACCAAGGCACCGUGGAUAAACUCUGCCGAGUGGAGCAGGACCUGGCCAUGGGCACGGAUGCCGAAGGGGAGAAGAUCAAGGACCCUAUGAGAGCCAUCGUCCCCAUUCUGCUGGAUGCAAAUGUCAGCACUUAUGACAAAAUCCGCAUCAUCCUUCUCUACAUCUUUUUGAAGAACGGCAUCACUGAGGAGAACCUGAAUAAACUGAUCCAGCAUGCCCAGAUCCCCCCAGAGGACAGCGAGAUCAUCACCAACAUGGCACACCUGGGGGUGCCCAUCGUCACUGAUUCCACCCUGCGCCGCAGGAGCAAGCCAGAGCGGAAGGAGCGCAUCAGUGAGCAGACCUACCAGCUCUCACGGUGGACUCCGAUCAUUAAAGACAUCAUGGAGGACACUAUUGAAGACAAACUCGAUACCAAGCACUACCCGUAUAUCUCCACCCGCUCCUCUGCCUCCUUUAGCACCACCGCGGUCAGCGCCCGCUAUGGGCACUGGCAUAAGAAUAAGGCCCCAGGGGAGUACCGCAGUGGUCCCCGCCUCAUUAUUUUCAUCCUUGGGGGCGUGAGCCUGAACGAGAUGCGUUGUGCUUAUGAGGUGACCCAAGCCAAUGGAAAGUGGGAAGUGCUAAUAGGAUCCACGCACAUUCUCACCCCACAGAAACUGCUGGACACGCUGAAGAAACUGAAUAAAACAGAUGAAGAAAUAAGCAGUUAAACAAAUAAGCCACCCCUCCAAAAAACGAACCCUAUUCCCACAGUGCUCCGCAGCCCCUGCUGCUGCCCGCCUCGGUUACUUUGCUGACCCUGUCCCUCCACUGCCUCCCCCAGCUCUGCACGCCCUGGACGGCACUGUCGCCGCUGCGUUCUCGUGUUUAACGAUGCCCUCUUCCUGUGUGAAACAAAAGAAAAUAAUGCAUUGUGUUUUUUAAAAAGAGUAUCCUCUAUAUGUGUCCUAAGGGGAGAAGUUCCUGUGUAAGGGACAUACUGCUGGAGAAGUUGUGGAACUGUCUAGAAUGAGUGGACACCUUCUCCCCAUUACUAUGAUCCCCUGACCUUGUACAUAGCCCAGUGUGACAUGCGCAGAUUGCUUGAGUAUGGGAAGGUAGACGUUUGGGUGUUUUACAAAAUCUCUUUUGGGUUGUUCCUGUUCUUUUCGGGAAUCCCAGAGAUGUCUGUUCCUGGAGUAUUUCAAACUGAGGAUUAAUCUGUGGUCUCCACGCCAGUCCUUAUCUACCCCUCAGCCUGCUCUCGUCCAGAUACGCUUGGCGGUGAAUAUCAGGUGACAUCGUGUGAGGUCCGAGCUGGAAGUGACUGACCUCUUUGGCUUCCCCGGUGGCUCGUCCUCCUCAGGGGCUGUGGGAGGGGCUGGAGGUCCGUGAAGUCAGGCUGGGUGCUGGCUGGCGUGCGGCCUGUCACCGCUCCUUCCCUGGCCCGCGUCCACAGCGCUGUGAUCCCAAGGGAAGUAGUCUUGGGGCCUGAGUCACAGGGCCCCAGCAAUCGAGGAGCAAGCUCCCGCCAGGACCUUUGUCUCUUGGAGAAGCAGUUAGGCUGGGGUUUUUGGCCAGACCUUUCCUUUCCCGGGCACCACCACCCCUACCGAACCUCUGUUUCUCAGUGGGGUCAGCAUGGAUGGUGCUCAAGGGCCAGGAACGGACGAGGAUGGGAUGGGUACUGCAGGCUCCUGGGCAGAGGGCCCUUUCUUGCAGAGAAGGGUCUGCGCACCUAAGACUUCAAACCGCCAGGAGAACAGCCUGUUGAAUUUAUGCAGACUCUGUUCAGAUUAUCCUCAGUUUAAGAUACUUCAUGAUACUUUAUUUUGUGUAGCGUGGGGUCAUUUGUCGUCGUGGUUGUAAGAGAAAAUGAUCAUUUUAUUCUCUGUAUAACACUUAGCUCUAGAGCAAAAAUGAAAGAAGCAAAUGCAGAAAGGGUGUCUCGUCAUCCUCUAGACUCAGCAGCAACUCCGUUCUCCGAUGGUGAGCGCACCACGUGUGCUGCUGCUGUGGUCAUGAAAUACAAUGACAGUGGAAGUCACAAAAAUGUCCUCUGCCCAGCCCCCCCGCUGCCCUUUAACCCCUGCCAACCGUGUGCAUAUUACUGUCUCGUGAUGUCCUUGCAGACGUGGUGAGUGCUAGUUCCACGCGGCCGCCCGCUUUCCUUUCAGAGCGCGCUCCUCGCCCUCCCCGUUGGAUGCUUUGUGGUGUUUUCUCAAGGCUUUGAAAUCUCCCCUGCUCACUCGCAUUAGUUUUCAGGCCUCUUCUGUCUCCCUUCUCCCCCUUAAGAUACCUUGUUUCCUUAGGACAGAACUGUAGGUGCUCGCACUGGUUCGUCUCCUGCUGUCCCUGCUUGUUCUGUCCCCUCCCCUUGACCAGACAGGGCCCACAGUUCGGGGCCUUGUUUGUCAAACAUGUUGGGUUCCUUUCUCUGUUAUUUAUAUAAAAAUAAUUUAUCAAAAGAAUAUUUUAAAAAAGCUAGUCUGUCUUGAAACUUGUUUACCUUGAAAUUAUCAGAAUCUCAGUGUUGGAAAGUAUUGAAGCACAAACAUGUAUCAUCUCUGUACCGUUCUGUACUAAAGCACUCGAGUCUAAUAAAUAAAUCGAUCCGCACCCAUUCACGGUGUCCGGGGUGUCUCCUGGCUUGGUUUCACUUUGGGGAGUCGAAGGAGAAAGGCUUCUGCCGUGGUCCGUUGCAGAUGAGACCGCCACCCCGGCUGUGGCCCGAAGUCUUCUGGAUCCCCGGUCAGCAUCACUCGUAGUAAGAUCUGUAACAGCUGGGGCGCCUGGUGGCUCAGUCGGUUAAGCAUCUGACCUCAGCUCAGGUCAGGAUCUUACAGUUCACGAAUUUGAGGCCCGCGUCGAGUUCUCUGCUGUCAGCACAGAGCCCACUUUGGAUCCUCUGUCCCCCUCUCUGCCCCUCUCCCACUUGUGCUGGCUCUCUCAAAAAUAAACAUUUAAAAAAA